UUGUAGUGAACUGGCAUAUAUAUCCUCAGUUGGUGGUGCUCAUUGAAGUUCUUGCUUGAAUGCUUAUAAUUUGGGGCAAAUAUAUAGUAUGAUGUAAAUUGGGCAGUGAUGGCAUUGUGAGGGCCCAGUGUCUUUGGUGGAACGUUCCAGUUACUCCAGUACUGAGUACGUUUCCAGCACUCCUCCAGUACAUUUCCAGUUCAUCUCCAGCAUGUCUCCAAUGGACGGAGACAACUCAACAACCGAUGCAUCUCAAUUGGGCAUUACUGGGGAGUACAUGGCUGGAGGCUACGUGUUGCAGUCCCAGGAGGAUGAUGGCGAGGAAAGUCUCAAUGACCAUGAAGAUGGAAAUGGAAGCAAGGACAACUUAAGGGAACAAGAUAUCUACCUUCCCAUAGCUAAUGUGGCUCGCAUCAUGAAGAAUGCUGUUCCUCAAACAGGAAAGAUUGCGAAGGAUGCCAAGGAGUGUGUUCAAGAGUGUGUGAGUGAGUUCAUCAGUUUCAUCACGUCGGAGGCCAGUGAACGGUGCCACCAGGAGAAGAGGAAGACCAUCAAUGGGGAGGACAUCCUUUUUGCCAUGUCAACACUGGGUUUUGACAUGUAUGUGGAGCCGCUCAAGCUCUACCUGCAAAAGUUUCGAGAGGCAAUGAAGGGUGAAAAGGGCAUCACUCCUGUGUCUGUAACCGAGGGUAUCGGGGAGGAGAUCACAGAGGACAGCUUCACAAACCAGUUACCUGCAGGGCUCAUAACAGCUGACGGACAGCCACAAAAUGUCAUGGUUUACACAACUUCCUAUCAGCAGAUCCCUGGAGUGCAGCAGAUCCAGUUCUCGUGACAUGCCAUGACAGCUAAAGGUGAAGAAGAGACAUCUCUGCACACAGGUUCAGCUUUACCAGGCAAAAGGUGUAACUGGAUCCCUGGAGUAUACAUGUUCACACCCUAUUUCAAAAUAUAGUCCUUCAGUUACCCCAGAUAGAGAUGAAAUCCCAAGCAGUCAUUAAACAGGUACUGUGUUUUUCUACACUGGUAAACAUUGCUUUUAUCCAAGUCUGACAUCAGGGAGUGCUGUGGAGCAGAGCCAUAACACAAACAUUUUCUUGUUUGUUUUGGUAAAAUAAGAUUCUCCCUCUUCUGUAUAACCAUCAUGGGGCAUAUGCGUAAUUUCUUUUCAAAUCGUAUGUAAUUUGAAUUUUUGUAGUUUCAGUGAUACUUUCUGAUUUCAUGUUAAUCCUUUUAAUAAAAAUUUCAACUGGAUUAGCCAGAUUUUUUUUGUUAUGACCCUAGUGAUUAAUUAUAUAUUGUUUGAGUAAACUUUCAAAUCUAAGCUUUGAGUGAAUGCACAGCUUGUAUCCAACACACUGGAUCUGCUGCUCUUAAUACAACUCUGAAUAACUGGUUGGUUGAAAAUACCAUUAUUGGUGCCUACUGCCAUCAGGUUGUGUUCAAGAAUGGAAUGACCAGUUCCCCUAAAUGGUACCAAUCACAUCAAUUAGAAAUUACCACUGGUGCUGUGUUUUGUCAUUGGUUUGGUGGAUGGGGAAAGUAAGUGUGUUGUCCCCUCAUUUCUGGGAAUGUGCAAGUCAAACCUGUGUAAAGGGACUAAUGUAAUGAGUAUUGUGGGUGGGCUGUGCUCAGAUGAAGAAUGGGAACUGGAUCUUUGUUGAAUGCUUGCGGAUGAACCAGUCCUAUGUUACUGCGGCAGCACGGUUGAAGAUUGCUUGUUAGAAAGAUACAAACACCACAUGUGGCCACGUAAGACACAUGGUCCAGUACAAGAAAAAAAAAUCUUACAGAAAUAAACAUGUGACUUUUACUAUGCAGGGAAGAGGAAUACUGUGGAGAAGACUCAUGAGACCUUUUUUUUUUUGGGGAGGUGGGCUUGGAUAUUGUGUAUAGGCAAUUUGUGAUUUAAAGUUGGACAGCUCUGAAUUAUGUUAGAAAUUUCAUAUUUGUUACUGCAUAGUUUUCUUGAUUUCUUAUUUUGGAGGCAGUUUCCAUUGGUUGUUUUAUUUAGAGCUCAGUUGUGUUUAAUUCAUUGUAAUGGGGAAAAGAAAUGUUCCCACGCAUUCACCCACUGUGAGCCCAUAGCUGACAUGCUUCUGCACACCACAGUCACAUUUUCAUAAACUCUGUAAAAUGUUGUAGUCUCCUAAACUAAAAUCAUGUGUAAGGCAGCAGCUAGUGCAGCGGUUAAAGCCUGAAACUCAACAUACACAGUGGUGAAAGAGACUGCUGCUCUGUGCUCCAAGUCCACAGAGGUUCCUCGAAGUGCUUGUGCUCAAUGACUCUUUCCCCGACAGUGCACCAGUCGGUACUGUAGUGCACUGCACUGAGAGCUGCAGUCAGACUAUUUGGAUAUACAAAUUCAUUUGCACAUUUUUAAGGAACAAGAUUUUUGGGCAGUUUUCAGACACAGUACCCAUACAUUUUGUUUAUUUUCAUUCAUCAAUUACUUGUACAAUAAUUGUACAAACACUGUAGUAUUGGUUACUUAAUCAGUUCCCUAUGAUUUAAUCUGAACGGCAUUAAUCCUGAAUUGAGUAAACAGUACGUAUAUAGUGUGUUUUGUCCGUACAGUAUGUAUAUUUGUGUGCACAAUUGAUAUUGAAGUAUUUGAUCAUUGUUUCUAGUUGUUUACUGGUAAUUAACCAAGUAAACUCCAUUUCCAAACACCCUUUUUUGUGAACUUAAAGUAUAUGCACAUCUUGUUGACCCAGCAUUAAAUCUCUGAAAUGUCACCAUAUCUGAGCAAUUUAUUCAGUGUCGAGUUUGCUUACAGCAACCUACUGCAAAGUCAAAUAUUGCAAAUUUUGCCCUUUUGAGAUACCCACACUUGUUUGACCUCCUCCUCAGAUUUAACUAUUUUUUCUUGCGUAAAAAAAAAAAUGUUGAGUUUCAGGGGUUAACUAAGACACACAGAUUCAUAUUUAGAUACACUAAACUGAUUCAAAGAAGUCAUAUGUCAAGAAACACCUAACUUCUGCUAAUGUGGGAAAGGGUUAGGGUGACGCUAGAAGCGGAGCAGCCAGAGGAAACGCACACAAACAAAUAUGCAAAAUCGAUAGAGACUGGGCCAGAUUCAAACUUACGACCAAACAGCCCACGUGCUGUGAGGCACCAGCACUCCUUGUUGUGCCACUCAGUUAAAUUUCUAAAAACCUUUGUAUCUAUAAGACAGCACUGUUGAUAGUAAAAAUGUUAAAGAUAUUUAAUUUCACAAGUCCAUGUGAUGACUUGGUGAACACUCAGCAUUAAACAUGACUUUUUAUACAUUUUUAUUAUCACCCAUCAGUUUUAAUGUUGUUCAUUCAAUACAAACUGCAAACCAAAUCAACAGUGCCUACUUCCUUCUCAGUACCUAAUCCAACCACCUUAUUUAAUGUUAACUAUUUCCCCGCCACCUCCUCCUCCCUCUUCUCUCAUUGCUGAUGACUUUGCUUUGUUUUUAAGAGACAAAGUCAAAGCAAUCACUGACAAGUUCUCAACAUCAACCUGCCCGGUUUGCGCUGAACCUCCCUGUUAAGCUAUCCUCUCCAAAUUCAAGCCGCUCUCAGAAUCUGAAAUCU